AUGGAUGAAAUUUGUAAUAUAUUAAAGGAAUACACAGAAACACCAAGUGAUAAUAUAAUUGAUUUAUUCAAAGAAUAUAGUGCUAACCCAAAAGAAAAAACGGAGGUUCAUUCGAAACUUAAAAAAAUAAAAUGUACUAAACGAAUGGCCUUUGAUGCUAGCUGUUUGUACGCUUCCGCCAUGUCGGAUUUAGACAGCGAAUAUCCGAGAGCGGAAAGUGGUAGACCAUUUCGACAAGAAGAAAAUAAAGAAUUUGUUAAGCUCUUUAAUGAGCAGAAAUUCAAACGUAGAACUGCUAUUUUAAAAGUCUGGUUUGAAUAUCCUACCAACAUGUUCUUCCAACCCAUACCAGCGAAAGAUAAAAUCAGUUUUACGAAUAGAAUAGGUAAAAAGGAAACUGGCACUAAAAUCAGGUUCAGAAAUGGUUUCUGUCACGACGUAUUAACAUUGGUCGAUAUUCAAGAAAUAGUGAAAGCCGGUGGACGAAUGAUUAAAAUAUUAGAUGGUAUAGUUUACGAAGAAAAUUUUAAAACUCCACCCUUUAGAGGAGUUUAA